UUAAAGAAUUCAAAGGAAUUUGUGAUUGUCUCGCUGCUAUACACAAACCUUUAGAUGAAGAUAGCAAAGUUAUAAAUUUUGCUAAGGGUCUGGGAAACAAAUACAAAACAUUGAGGACUGUUAUGUUGGCAAAAGCUCCAUAUCCAACAUUUACUCAGUUUGUUAAUGCACUGAGAGGGUAUGAUAUGAAAGAACAUGAUAAUGAGAAAGAUCACGUUGAUCAAGCCAUGGCCUUUCAUAUCCAGAGAACACAAAAUUCGUUUGGUAGAGGAAGAGGAAACUCCCUUAGAGGAAGAGGACAGACACGAGGAAGAGGCCAGGCUGGAAACAAAUUCAACAACUUUACGGCUGGAGGACAACCUAGUAGACAAUUGAAUUUUUCAAAUAAUCAGAAAAGUUCUCCGUCACAAUCAAAUCCAUGCCAAAUUUGUGGAAGAAACAACCACACAGUUAUCUCUUGUUUUUAUAGGUGGGAUUAUUCUUACCAAUCUCAACAAGAAACGCCACAAGAAUUCUCGGCCCUAACAAUCAACGAACCAUCAGACAACAACCUCUAUAUGGACUUAGGAGCAAGUCACCAUAUGGUUCAAACAACAGGAAACGAAAGAUAGAGUUUAUUCAAUAUCUACGUACAAAGAGUUCUUUGAGCCUCUUGAUGUCCCAAAAGAUGAAGCAGCCCGUGAGACACCAGUACUUGCUACUCAAGACACUAAUGAAGUUGAAAAUAUUGAGCUAUUUCCAUUAGUGGUCCAAGAUGCAUUCACUGCCACACCAACAAACACACAUGACCAUAUGCAACAACAUUUAUCUCCAAGUUUAGAAAAUAGACCUUUACAUGCUAGCAGCACAUCCAGGUCAUUAGAAGCUGCAAACUCUUAUCUUGAUGCUCAGAACGCCUCAAGUUCCUCAACAGUUGCUCGUUCUAGUCGUGGUGACCCUGCAGGUAUUGACUUAUACGUUGACUUUAGCGAUUAUCAGUGUAUUCCAACUUCGUCUUCACCCUCUCUUGAUAACACCCAUCACAUGAUCACAAGAACCAAAUCGAAAAGCAUGGAGCAGCCUCUAAAAUUCCUAAACUUUUUAGCUACUGCAUCGUCUAACACCAGUGAACCCAAGAACAUUAAAGAAGCCCUAUCACAACCCUACUGGUUACAAGCUAUGAGAGAAGAAAUGCAAGCUCUAUAUCAAAACAAUACCUGGAGACUUGUACUAUACAAGCCUCAUAUGAAUGUAAUCGGAUCAAAGUAGGUGUUCAAGACGAAGAUGAAGGUCGAUGGCACGAUUGAUAGAUACAAAGCUCGUCUAGUCACAAAAGGGUAUAACUAAAUUGAGGGUCUAGAUUUUGAAGACACAUUCAGCCCGGUGGUUAAAGCUACUACAAUUCGUAUAGUUUUGACUAUCGCCACGGUACGACAAUGGCCUCUUCAUCAACUCGACAUCAAAAAUGCC